CAUUGAGUUGAUCGUUGUUGUUAUUGUAUCUUUUUUAAUUACACUCGGUGUUAAUUAGUUAAUUUAAUUUCUUUUAUUUAAAUUUAGUUUAAUUCUUGUAAUUCAAAUUUCCUCAUCCUUUUAAAAAUGUUCCACAUAAAGGCUAGUGCAAGAUUAGUUAAUCUUUAUUCAUCUUCAUCUGUGACCCAUAAAUUGGUUGCUCUCUCAAGCUAUCAUGUUAAUUGUCCUUCAACUUAUCAACGUCGAUUCUAUUCUAGUGAAGGUGAAAAAGAUUUAGUUGUCAUUGGUUCAGGUCCUGGUGGUUAUGUUGCUGCUAUUAAAGCUGCCCAAUUGGGUAUGAAAACGGCUUGUAUUGAGAAAAAUGAUUCUCUUGGUGGAACUUGUUUAAAUGUUGGCUGUAUCCCGUCUAAAGCUCUUCUCAAUAAUUCUCAUAUGUAUCAUCAAGCUCAUGGUGGAGAACUGUCAGAGCGAGGUAUUGAAUUUUCUGGGGUUAAAUUAAAUCUUGAUAAACUAAUGGAACAGAAAACAAAUGCUGUUACCACUUUAACUAAAGGUAUUGGUAUGUUAUUCCAAAAGAAUCAAGUUCAACGUUUCCAGGGUCAUGGUAAAAUCACCGGUAAAAAUGAAGUUACCGUAAUCAAACCUGAUGGAUCAACUGAGGCUAUUAAAACAAAAAAUAUCCUCAUCGCCACCGGAUCUGAGGUUACCCCUUUCCCUGGUAUUGAGAUUGACGAGGAGAAGAUUGUCUCAUCAACCGGAGCUUUAGCUCUUAAAAGUGUACCAGAGAAAAUGAUUGUUAUCGGUGCCGGAGUAAUUGGUGUUGAAUUGGGAUCUGUUUGGUCUCGACUUGGUGCCGAUGUUACUCUUAUUGAAUUCAUGGGUAACAUUGGUGGGGUAGGAAUUGAUCUAGAAGUAGCCAAAAAGCUUCAAAGAAUCUUAACCAAACAAGGUCUUAAGUUUAAAUUAAAUACCAAAGUAACUUCAGCAAGUAAAACCUAUUCAGGUAUCUCUGUAUCAACCGAAUCAGCAAAGGGUGGAUCAAACGAAUCUCUUGAUUGUGAUGUACUUCUUGUCUGUGUUGGCCGUCGACCUUUUACCGAUAAUUUGGGACUCGAACAAGUUGGAGUUAAAAAAGACGAAAGAAACCGGAUCGUUGUUAACUCACGAUUCCAAACAAAUGUUCCCAAUAUCUAUGCAAUUGGAGACUGUGUCCCCGGUCCUAUGUUGGCCCAUAAAGCUGAAGACGAGGGAAUAGUUUGUGUUGAAGGUAUCGCCGGUGGACCAGUUCACAUUGAUUAUAAUUGUGUUCCCUCUGUUAUCUACACUCACCCGGAAGUUGGUUGGGUCGGAAAAUCGGAAGAAGACUUGAAAAAGGCUGGAGUCGAAUACAAAGUUGGAGUGUUUAAUAUGUCAGCCAAUAGUAGAUCUCAAACCAAUAACGAUAUCGAUGGUUUUGUUAAAAUUCUUGGAGAAAAAAGUACCGACCGAAUAUUAGGAGCUCACAUUAUUGGUUCAGUCGCCGGUGAAUUGAUCAACGAGGCUUGUCUGGCAAUGGAAUAUGGAGCAUCAUGUGAAGAUGUUGCUCGCGUUUGCCACGCUCACCCAACUGUUUCUGAAGCUUUCCGAGAAGCUAAUCUUAUGGCAUAUUGUGGUAAAGCAAUUAACUGUUGAUUUAAUUCAAUUAAAUCAUUAAAUUUUUGUUUGUAAAUUUUCAACUAAAAAAGCCUAGUCUUAAUCAGAUUGAGAACAAAAAAAAAGAAGCGAUAAAAAGUGUACUCUCAAAAUUAAUUAACACAACAAAUUCAUCAAGCAAAAAUCGCGUAAUUAAAUUGAUCCAAACUAAGGUGAUUUAAACGAAGCAGUGUCGUCGUAAACGGUGGAACGGGAAUUUAAAUACAUAUAAUUUAAUCAAUUAACAUCAAAAAUUCAAUGAUAAUCAAAGUCAAGUGGAAAAUCAAAGUGUAACAAAACAAAAAUAUAUUAACUAAUUGCCGAUAAUUUAAAUAAUUGUUGAGAUUAUUGCAAUCAUCUCAUAUAAUAUCUAUAUAAAUAUCUCAAAAUGAUUAAGUGAUUUUCUGAUAAUCAUCAACCUGUUGAAAUGAUAAGGAAACAAUGAUAAUAAUUAAUCAGUUGUGAUAAUUAACUUUUUCUUCAAACAGAAACAGUUUCAACAAUUGGACUUACCUUUUUUCUUGCCCAUGGACAUUUUCAUUACCUGCAUUCCCAUAGGUGAACCCCAACCCCAACCACCACCACCACCGCCGUUCAUCAUCAUAACAGGAGCCAUCAUCAUCUUUGGCAUCUUCAUCUUGGGCAUCAUCAUCUUCAUCAUCAUGGGCUCCAUUGACAUAACCGAUUUAGCUUUGUACAUUUUUGAUUCUUCUGGAUACAUCACUGGAACCUUUUUAAACUUAAUUGUUUCAAUUGCAACCACUUUAACACCACAACCACCUCCACCUUUACCGCCUUUAUCACCUUUAUCAUCUUUCAUCUUGGUUAAACAACUUGGAAUUAAAUUAAUCACAAUUAACAUGGUUACACAGUAGCUAAAUAACAAAGUUUUAUCAAUAAUCAUGUUGGAAACUUUGAUUAACUUAAAUUGUUAACAAGAUGAACGGUAUCAACACGAUGACAACGGUUACGAUUAACAAAUAACUGUUAAUAAUCAAAUCGAACCACAAUUUAUAACUUUAAUGAAUAGGAUUAAAAGUUUAAUUGUAAUGAUAAUGAUGAUAUAGUUAUGGAUUGUUGCUAAUCAUAAGUAUAAUCAACUGAUGAUUAAAAAUAGUCACAACAAUUUAUAGUAAUUUAAAUUUGUGAUCAAAAAAUAGA